AUGAGUGUUCCGGAAAAAGAGAGUCGGCAAGAGGCGACAAGAGAGCCGGCGGCGGUGGGAGGUGGGGCGCGGGCCAUCAGCGAUGGUUUUGAAGAGAGUCGGACCACGGCUUGGAUAGACAUGCAGGCGAAUGGGCUCUUCGGUCGUUCCACUCAGUAAGAACGAAAUGGAUCUGAGAUCGCUGCGGUGGUUGUAUGUGGUUCGCAGACCGGAAGAAGAUAUUCAUGGGACCAGGUUGCUUAGUUUCUCGAGGCCUCGCUUCUCCCUCCUUCUGUAUCCUCGAAGUUUUCUGCUACACGAGAUGAGCCACAACUCAAUCUGGGGAACUCAACUCGUUGCCUCUCGCUGUACUAUGUUGCAGUCGGAAACAAGGCCGGGGGCGAUAGCGCAACCGGGUG